UCCAUGUAAUCAGUAAAGAUUGCCAGCUGCAUACCCCAGCACAGGGAACAUAACUCCCAUGCACAGCUGGCUGGACUACUACUACUCACGCCUCUCUACCUGCUGGCCAUUGUGACCAUGGUAGAUAUGUGAUGACAGAGAACGUCUACUCGGGACGCAAAAGGCCACCUAAAGAGAUGGAUCUGUGUUUCCAUAAGAAAAGGACAUGUUCAUAGCCAUAAGGGAAUGGGCGUAAAUAAUUUCUGGAGAUAGGCUGACAAAAGCCUGGUCAGCUUGGCUGCUUCAAGUCAUCUAUGAAAUGUGGAUGAAGUGUCUGCCGCAAUUGUGAUGGUUUUAUUAAAAUAUCGAAGGUCCUGAGCGAAGAGAAGAUACACGACCCAUAUAAGAAUGAUAGCUGCAAUUUGUUCUCUGCUUCUUCUCAUUAGUCUGUGCUCCUGCAUUGAUUUAGGUACUGAGGAUGCUCUCCAAAAGGCUGAGGCAUUUCUUGUGAAAUAUGGUUACCUUGAAGAAGAAAAGGACUAUAGCAAGGCGCAGCUCGCUGCAGCAGUAAGAGUUUUCCAGUGGACAGCACAUCUCCCAGUCAAUGGAGACUUGAAUGAUGCCACAGUACUUCAGAUGCAUUUGCCAAGAUGUGGUAUGAAGGAUGCUAGUCAAACAAAAUGGCUGCAUGAUGGUCCUUUUCACAAAAAUCACCGUAAGAAACGGUAUACCAUGAAAAGUAAGUGGUAUAAACGUCAUCUAACCUAUCAGAUUCUGAACUGGCCUUGGUAUCUGUCUCAGCAUCAAGUGCGGCUGGCUGUUAAAGCAGCAUUUCAGCUGUGGGGUAAUGUCUCUUCUCUGACCUUCUCAGAAGCAGGAGGAGAUUCUGCAGAUAUUCGCCUGGCAUUCUUUGAUGGAGAGCACAAUGAUGGUGCCAGACAUGCAUUUGAUGGACCAGGUGGCGCUUUGGCACAUGCCUUCUUUCCAAGACGAGGAGAAGCUCACUUUGACAAUGCUGAGCAUUGGUCAUUGAAUGGAAAGGGCAGGAAUCUAUUUGUUGUCUUGGCACAUGAAAUUGGGCACACACUUGGACUCCAACACUCACCCUUCCAAAAUGCCCUUAUGUCUCCAUACUACAAGAAGCUAGGCAAAGAAUAUGUGCUGAACUUCCAUGAUAUUUUGGCUAUCCAAACACUCUAUGGGGCUCCCUCUAGUGGCAAACUUGUGCAGCGGCCUGGAAAGGAUUUUUUCAUGUUUGAAGACUGGAGUGCAGAAAACAGUGAACUGUCCAGAACUAAAAGAAAAGGCUAUUAUUGUCAAUCCAUGUUUGACGCCAUUACAUGGGAUUUGAAGCAAACAUUGUACAUCUUCAAAGGUCGUAAUUAUUGGAUGAUGUCUCCAAAUGGGAAUGUCUCUGAGCCACAGUUUACACAACAAAGGUGGAAAAAGUUGCCCGCAUUUAUUGAAGCUGCAGCGGUGUCAGGAUCAGAUGGAAAAUUCUACUUCUUCAAAGGUGGUAGAUAUUGGAGAUACCAAGGUUCCAGGCUAGAGGUUGGCUUUCCUCGUAAAUGCAGCGAUCAUGGACUCCCACGCCAUCCGGACACAGCUCUAUAUUUUCAGCCACUCGGACAUUUGGUUGUUUUCAAAAGGGACAAGUACUAUGUUCUUAAUGAGAAAUCACUGACAGUGGAGCCAUAUUACCCACGAAGUCUUCAAGACUGGAAAGGUGUUCCUCACAAUACUAAUGCAGCACUGACCCAUCCAAAUGGCUCAAUCUAUUUUUUCAGAGGUGAAAACUACUGGAUAUUUGACCAAGGCAGCCUGAAAGUCACUGCUUCUGGGAAGUGGAUGCAAGACCUAUCUUGGUUUGGCUGCCAAAAUUCUUGAUGCAUAAUAAUUUGUAAUUGACUCUAAAAGAUAAACACUACUGUAUUAAAUGGGGACUAGGAGAUCGUUUCUAAUUGAUCAUCCAGAUAAAACGCACAAUAAAGUAAUGAUGAC